AUGGCAGCCUAUCCGGAGAGCUGCGUGGACGCCACCGUGCUGGACUUCGUCGCAGACCUGUCUCUGGCCUCCCCGAGACACCCUCUCCUCUGCGACUUGGCACCCGGGGUCCCCUUUGGGAACCGAGCCCUUGCGCUCAGAGAGGGCAGAGCCGGGAGGCUGGCGCGGUGUGACGAGGGGGACCCAGAAGAAGAGGAUGGCGAAAUAGAGGGAGGGGACGAGGAGGAGGGGGAAGAGGAGCGCGGGAAAGGCGUCUCCCUCCUGGGCCGCCCCAAGAGGAAAAGAGUGAUCACCCACGCCCAGCGCCAGGCCGCCAACAUCCGCGAGAGGAAGAGGAUGUUUAACCUCAACGAGGCCUUCGACCAGCUGCGGAGGAAGGUGCCCACUUUCGCUUACGAGAAGAGGCUGUCCCGGAUCGAGACCCUACGCCUGGCCAUCGUCUACAUCUCCUUCAUGACGGAGCUCUUGGAGAGCUGCGACAAGAAGGAAACCGGCUGA